AUGGGUCUGAGCAUGGCUACUGAAGCGACCGACCCCUCCAUGGAGGAAUACGUUCAAUCACUACCCAAAAUGCACAUGGAGCCGCUAUGGUCACGGAUGAGCGCCAUGGUACCUCCCUCUCCAAAUCCAGCCUGCCAACCUUACCUUUGGCGCUACAGCGACUGCCUCCCGUACCUGUCCCAGGCGGGUAGCCUUGUAACGGAGAAGAUGGCGGAGCGCAGGGUGCUAAUGCUAGUCAACCCUGCCAUGAAGGCACCACAUACCACUGACACGCUCUACGGUGGUCUACAAUGGGUAAAUCCAGGCGAAAUCGCGCCUGCUCAUCGCCACAUUGCAUAUGCAGCGCGCUUCAUUAUUGAUGGCAACGGCUUCACAGCUGUUGAGGGCAAGAAAAUGCCCUUGACGCGCGGCGACGUCGUCGUUACACCCACGUGGCACUGGCACGACCACGGCAAUGAGAGCAAUGCACCUGUCGUGUGGCUCGAUGUCUUGAACCUCCCUCUGUUUACCUAUCUACCCGUCAACUUUGCAGAGAGUUAUGCAAAGGACCGUUACCCCAGUGUUGAAGACGCAAGUGCAGACUGGCGCCACCCCUGGCACAAAACGCAGGAGGCUCUGGAUAACACGACAGGAGUGCAUACCAUCUUCCACUACAAGGACUCUCGCGGCCGCCCGCUUUCCACCACUAUUGGAGUGCAGGCCGAGCGUAUAAGCCCUUUUGCAAGCUCACAGCCCUCGCGAGAAGUGAGCUCUUUCCUGUACCACUGCUACGGCGGACAGGGCCACACUGUUGUCAUUCCUCCAAGCGGCGAUAAGAUGGUUUUUCAUUGGCGUGGGCGUGAUACGUUUGCAGUGCCUGCUUGGUCGAGCCUCCAGCAUUUUAAUGAGUCGCGUACAGAGCCUGCUUACUUGGUUGGCUUUCACGAUGGCCCGUUUCUUGAUAACCUGGGACUGCGAGCUACCGCGCCGCCGCUCAAAUAG